GUGAAUGGAACUAGGUAUAUACUUAUUUACUUACAUGGUAUGUCACUCUUAAACAUAUGUGUUCACUGUCAAAGUGUAAAACUGACAAUAUAUAUAAUAUAUAUAUAUUAAUAUAUAUAUAAAAAUGUUUGUUGGAAGAAAAUUUAAUUCACUAAUACUAUCCAAUUUAAGAUGCAAUUUAGAAAAUAGCUUUCAAUUUUAUAGUGUGUUUCCUCCAAAUUAUAUAAAGCCAAUUUACAAAAAAGGUGAACAAGAAGCAUUGUAUCAAGAAGAAACAGCAUUAAAACAAUUUUCUCAUUUACCUGUAAAACCAGCCAAGACGAAUAAUACAUGUUCUGAAUUUCAUGAUGAAUUGAUUAGAAAAUUUACAAAUUAUAUCAUGAGGAAAGGUAAUAAGAAGAUGGCCAGAAAAAUAUUAGAUGAAACUUUUGAAAAUAUUAAAAUAAAGAAGUUAAAUGAAUAUUAUAAUACUUCACCUGAAUAUAGAGAAAAUAUUAUAUUAGACCCAAAAGUAAUUUUUUAUCAAGCUGUAGAAAAUUGUACACCAGUUUUAGAACUACAAAAAAUAUCAAGAGGUGGAAUUGCUUAUCAGGUUCCAAUACCAAUGAAUGAAAAUAGAGCCCAAUUUUUAUCUAUGAAUUGGAUAAUUAGUACUGCCCAGAACAAAGGAAAUGCUGAAAAACUUUCUGAUGUAUUAGCAAAAGAUAUUAUUGAUGCUGCAAACAAUCAAGGACGAGUUAUUAAAAAGAAAUAUGAUAUGCACAAACAAUGCGAGGCAAAUCGAGCUUAUGCACAUUAUAGGUGGCUGUAGAUUGAUAUGGGUAAAAAUAUGCAUUAUUUGCAGCAAUAACACAUUUAUUUAAAAUGUUAUUUAUUUAAACUAAAUAAAUUACGGAAAGUUAUCCAAAAA